AUGUCUGACCUGCAGUUAACAAGGGAGGCUGACCACUGGGAGAGGAUUGCUCCCACCCCGGAGUCCGAUGCAUCCACCUCCACAAUGAACUGGCGCCCUGGGUCUGGAAAGAAAAGGAUGGGAGGAGACGAGAACCGUGACUUCAACUCAUUGAAUGCUCUUUCUGCAGCAGAGGACCACUGGAAGCCUAUUUUCCAGGAUCCUCUGGCGAACACUGAGAACAUGCUGAACAUGCUCCAGUUCAGACUUAGAGAAGAUCAGGAUAUCGUCAAGACGGAGAGGGAUGGUGUGGUGGGUUACUGUGCAGAGGAGCCGCCCAUCCAGGGCAAUGGGCCUAAUGGACUGGAUCCAAGGUUCCUGAUCAACACCCAGCUGAACGGAAAGAGUACGGUCCAGGAGGUUGGUGUCGGCCCCAGAGUCAAUAAAGACCGAGACAGUGAUCUCUGCUGUCCCGUCUGCCAUGAUGUCUUCAGAGAUCCUGUCAUUUUGUCAUGUAGCCACAGCUUCUGUAAAGACUGUUUGAAGAGCUGGUGGAAAGACAAAGACGUAAAAGAGUGUCCAGUUUGUAAGAGAAGAUCUUCAAAGGAUCUACCACCUAAUCUGGUGUUGAAGAACCUGUGUGAGACCUUCUUACAGGAGAGAGAUCAGAGCUCUUCACCUGCUCUCUGCAGUCUGCACUCAGAGAAACUCAGACUCUUCUGUCUGGACCAUCAGCAGCCAGUGUGUGUGAUCUGCAGAGAUUCAGAAAAACACACUGACCACAGAUUCAGACCCAUCGAUGAAGCUGCACAACAACACAAGAAGCAGCUUCAGGAAACUCUGGAGCCCUUGAAGAAUGAGUUACAGUGUUUUGAACGCGUUAAAAUAAAGUGUGAACAAACAGCAGAACACAUUAAGGUCCAGGCCGGACUCACAGAGACGCAGAUCAAGGAGCAGUUUAAAAAGCUUCAUCAGUUUCUGGAGGAGGAAGAGGAGGCCAGGGUGGCUGCACUGAGGGAGGAAGAGGAGCAGAAGAGUCGGAUGAUGAAGGAGAAGAUUGAGUCUCUGAGCAGAGACAUGACGGUUCUUUCAGAGACAAUCAGAACCACAGAGGACGAGCUGAGAGCUGAAGACGUCUCGUUCCUGCUCAACUACAAGGCUGCAGUGGAACGAGUCCAGCAGCGCCCCCUGCUGGGUUAUCCACAGCUGGCCUCAGGAGCUUUGAUAGAUGAGGCCAAACAUCUAGGCAACCUGAGCUUCAACAUCUGGAACAAGAUGAAGGACCUGGUCUCCUACAGUCCUGUGGUUCUGGACCCAAACUCUGCUCAUCCAUGUCUUGUCCUGUCUGCGGAUUUGACCAGUUUGAGACGAGGAGAGAAACAGAAGCUUCCUGACAAUCCAGAGAGGUUUGAUAAUUUCUUCUCAGUACUGGGAUCUGAGGGUUUUAACUCAGGGACUCACAGCUGGGACGUCCUGGUUGGAGACACUAGAAACUGGGAACUGGGUGUAAGAGCAGAGUCUGUCCAGAGGAAGGAAAGGGCAGCGUCUGGAGUUUUUGGAAGAUUACGUUUUCUAUUGAGAUGCUCAGGAUUGUCACUAUCAGCAUCAUCUGUUCCCUCUGUGCAGAAGAUCAAGAGGAUCAGAGUGAAACUGGACUGGAACAGAGGAGAACUGUCGUUCUUUGAUCCAGAUACAAACACACACAUUCAAACCUUAACAAACACUUUCACCCGGAAGAUGUUUCCAUUCUUUAGCGAUAUAGAUCACUUGAAGCUGUUACCUGAUCUCUGCUGUCCCGUCUGCCAAGAUGUCUUCAGAGAUCCUGUCAUUCUGUCAUGUAGCCACAGCUUCUGUAAAGACUGUUUGAAGAGCUGGUGGAAAGACAAAGAAGUAAAAGAGUGUCCACUUUGUAAGAGAAGAUCUUCAAUGAUGCAACCACCUGUUAACCUGGUGUUGAAGAACCUGUGUGAGACCUUCUUACAGGAGAGAGAUCAGAGCUCUUCACAUGCUCUCUGCAGUCUGCACUCAGAGAAACUAAAACUCUUCUGUCUGGACCAUCAGCAGCCAGUGUGUCUCGUCUGCAGAGAUUCAGAAAAACACACCGACCACACAAUCAGACCCAUCGAUGAAGCUGCACAACAACACAAGAAGCAGCUUCAGGAAACUCUGGAGCCCUUGAAGAAGAAGUUACAGUGUUUUGAACGUGUUAAAGUAGAGUUUGAACAAACAGCAGAACACAUUAAGGUCCAGGCCGGACGCACAGAGACGCAGAUCAAGGAGCAGUUUAAAAAGCUUCAUCAGUUUCUGGAGGAGGAAGAGGAGGCCAGGAUGGCUGCACUGAGGGAGGAAGAGGAGCAGAAGAGUCGGAUGAUGAAGGAGAAGAUUGAGUCUCUGAGCAGAGACAUGACGGUUCUUUCAGACACAAUCAGAACCACAGAGUACGAGCUGAGAGCUGAAGACGUCUCAUUCCUGCUCAACUACAAGGCUGCAGUGGAACGAGUCCAGCAGCGCCCCCUGCUGGAUGAUCCACAGCUGGCCUACGGAGCUCUGAUAGAUGAGGCCAAACAUCUGGGCAACCUGAGCUUCAACAUCUGGAACAAGAUGAAGGACCUGGUCUCCUACAGUCCUGUGGUUCUGGACCCAAACUCUGCUCAUCCAGGACUCGUCCUGUCUGAAGAUCUGACCAGUUUGAGACGAGGAGCGAGACAGAAGCUUCCUGACAAUCCAGAGAGGUUUGAUAAACAAGCCUCAGUCCUGGGAUCUGAGGGUUUUGACUCAGGGACUCACAGCUGGGACGUCCUGGUUGGACACAGUACUGACUGGGAACUGGGUGUAAGACAAGAGUUUGUUUAUGAUGAUUUCUUAGAUGUAUUUGGCCUCGAAGAAUUGUCACUAUCAGCAUCAUCUGUUCGCUCUGUGCAAAAGAUCCAGAAGAUCAGAGUGAAACUGGACUGGAACAGAGGAGAACUGUCGUUCUCUGAUCUUGAUACUAACACACACAUUCAAACCCUCAGACUCACUUUCACUCAGAAGAUGUUUCCAUUCUUUAACACUAGAGCUGACCACUGGGAGAGGACUGCUCCCACCCCGGAGUCCGAUGCUUCCACCUCCACAAUAAACUGGUGCCCUGGGUUUGGAAAGAAAAGGAUGGGAGGAGACGAGAACCGUGACUUCAACUCACUGAAUGCUCUUUCUGCAGCAGAGGAUCACUGGAAGUUGAGUUUCUGGGAGAUUUUCCUGGAUCCUCUGGAGAACACUGAGAACAUGCUGAACAUGCUCCAGUUCAGACUUAGAGAAGAUCAGGAUAUCGUCAAGACGGAGAGGGAUGGUGCGGUGGGUUACUGUGCAGAGGAGCCGCCCAUCCAGGGCAGUGGGCCUAAUGGACUGGAUCCAAGGUUCCUGAUCAACACCCAGCUGAACAGAAAGAGUACGGUCCAGGAGAUGGCUUCCAGAUUAGAAGAGGAUUUCUGCUGUUCCGUCUGCCAUGAUGUCUUCAGAGAUCCUGUUGUUCUUUCAUGUAGCCACAGCUUCUGUAAAGACUGUGUGAAGAGCUGGUGGAAAGACAAAGAAGUAAAAGAGUGUCCACUUUGUAAGCGAAGAUCUUCAAGGUCAGAACCACCUGGUAACCUGGUGUUGAAGAACCUGUGUGAGACCUUCUUACAGGAGAGAGUUAAGAGCUCUUCACACGCUCACUGCAGUCUGCACUCAGAGAAACUCAGACUCUUCUGUCUGGACCAUCAGCAGCCAGUGUGUGUGAUCUGCAGAGAUUCAGAAAAACACACUGACCACAGAUUCAGACCCAUCGAUGAAGCUGCACAACAACACAAGAAGCAGCUUCAGGAAACUCUGGAGCCCUUGAAGAAGAAGUUACAGAGUUUUGAACGUGUUAAAGUAGAGUUUGAAGAAACAGCAAAACACAUUAAGGUCCAGGCCGGACUCACAGAGACGCAGAUCAAGGAGCAGUUUAAAAAGCUUCAUCAGUUUCUGGAGGAGGAAGAGGAGGCCAGGAUGGCUGCACUGAGGGAGGAAGAGGAGCAGAAGAGUCGGAGGAUGAAGGAGAGGAUUGAGACUCUGAGCAGAGACAUAACGGCUCUUUCAGACACAAUCAGAACCACAGAGGACGAGCUGAGAGCUGAAGACGUCUCGUUCCUGCUCAACUACAAGGCUGCAGUGGAACGAGUCCAGCAGCGCCCCCUGCUGGAUGAUCCACAGCUGGCCUCAGGAGCUCUGAUAGACGAGGCCAAACAUCUGGGCAACCUGAGCUUCAACAUCUGGAACACGAUGAAGGACCUGGUCUUCAACACUCCUGUGGUUCUGGACCCAAACUCUGCUCAUCCAGAACUCGUCCUGUCUGAAGAUCUGACAAAUUUGACACGAGGAGAGAAACAGAAGCUUCCUGACAAUCCAGAGAGGUUUGAUAGACAAGCCUCAGUCCUGGGAUCUGAGGGUUUUAACUCAGGGACUCACAGCUGGGACGUCCUGGUUGGAGACAGUACACACUGGAGACUGGGUGUAAGAGCAGAGUUUGUCCGGAGGAAGUCAAGAAAACCGUCAAGUGUUUUGCAAAAUUUUUUCGAUGAUUUGGGAUACUUAGAAUUGUCACUAUCAGCAUUAUCUGUUCGCUCUGUGCAGAAGAUCCAGAAGAUCCGAGUGAAAUUGGACUGGAACAGAGGAGAACUGUCGUUCUCUGAUCCUGAUACUAACACACACAUUCAAACCUUGACAAAGACUUUCACUGAGAAGAUGUUUCUAUUCUUUAUCACUGGAGAUCACUUGAAGCUGUUACCUGUGAAUGUCUCUGUGACGCUGGAUCAGAGCAGUUAGAGAUUAAGAUUGUAUUCAUUAUGAUUAUUUCUUCUAAGAGAAAUCUGCGGAAUUUAAAUGUUAAACUCGUUAUUCUAAAGCUUUGUUUAUUUCUCC